CUUUUGUUACCUAUUGAAGUAAAAACCCAAUGGGUUUUGUUUAUAAACAAUGAACUUUUACAUGAAAGAUACAAUAAUGAUUUAAAACAAAAAAACACUCUUUACAUUUCCCCAACAAUAGAAAUAAAAUCGGAACAUCCCUCAAUUUUAAAAUGCUAUGCCUAUAUACAAAAUUUAGCAAGACAAGAUACUAAUUCCCCUAGCCCAGAUAUAACACCACCAACAUCUCCAUUAAGAUCCUAUGAUGAAUUUUCUGAUAAUACUACUUCAGAUUCGGAAUAUGAGAACCCUAGCAUUUAG